GAUAUUCGGAGAAGAGAGAAGGGGAGGCGACUAUUCACGAAACGACGGGGGGAGAUACAAUAAGAGAAACUUCGGGAUCUUUCGUAGUAAUCCCGUUCGUCGAGUCUGUCGGAGAUUAUGAGCAGCAUCGCCGUAGAUUCCAAUGAAGACGGUGUCUCCUCCGUCGCGCCGGUUGCCGAGAUCGCUCCGCCUCCGUCUGAUCGCCCCGUCCGCGUCUACGCCGAUGGGAUCUAUGAUCUCUUCCACUUCGGUCAUGCUCGAUCUCUUGAACAAGCCAAGAAAUCGUUUCCGAAUACCUACCUUCUUGUCGGAUGUUGCAAUGAUGAAACCACCCACAGGUACAAGGGCAAGACCGUAAUGAAUGAAAAGGAGCGAUAUGAAUCGCUUCGGCAUUGCAAGUGGGUGGAUGAAGUUAUCCCUGAUGCGCCUUGGGUGAUUAAUCAAGAGUUUCUUGACAAGCACCGGAUCGACUAUGUGGCCCAUGAUUCUCUUCCGUAUGCAGAUACCAGUGGAGCUGGAAAGGAUGUCUAUGAAUUCGUUAAGAAAGUUGGGAAGUUUAAGGAAACAAAGCGAACUGAAGGGAUAUCUACCUCAGAUAUAAUAAUGAGAAUUGUGAAAGACUAUAAUCAGUAUGUCAUGCGAAAUCUGGAUCGGGGGUAUUCGAGGGAAGAUCUUGGGGUUAGCUUUGUGAAGGAAAAGAGACUCAGAGUCAAUAUGAGGCUAAAGAAACUUCAAGAGAAGGUCAAGGAACAUCAAGAAAAAGUAGGGGAAAAGAUCCAAACUGUUAAAAUGCUCCGCAACGAGUGGGUGGAGAAUGCAGAUAGGUGGGUUGCUGGAUUUCUUGAAAUGUUUGAAGAGGGUUGUCACAAGAUGGGACCGGCAAUCAGGGACCGCAUCCAGGAGCGGCUAAGGAAGCAGCAGUCGGAAGGGUUUCUAGAAAACGGUAAGACGAGGGAUGAUGAUGAUGGCACUGACGAUCAGUUCUACGAAGAGUACUUCGACCAUGACAUCGAUACCGACGAAGAAGAAGAAGAAGAAUACUAUGAUGAUGAUGAGGACGAAGAGGAGGAAGAAGAGAAAGAGGAGAAGGAUGCAAAGGGGAAAAAGUAAAAGAGAAAAAUUCCAACACUCACACAUAGAGAGAGCGAAGUUAUCUUUGGAAAAAAAAAACAAAAGAAGUGAUGGGAGGAUAUGCAUUACAAUGAAAAGUGGUCAUCGUAUGUGUGUAUGCUUUUGGUGUUUCUGCUGCUUUCAGGAAGUGAAGUGAAGUGGUUGGUGUUUGUAUGUGCACUUUUUUGCGAACUUCUUUUCAUUUCCUUUUUUUAAAAAUUAAUUAAAUUUGUGUUUGUUUUUUUCUCU